GUGUCCUGCUGCAGGAGGACCGGCUGGAUGCGGUCUCCCUGCUCUGCCUGACGUCUCUGCCCAGCUUCUGCCUGCUUCUGGGGGCUGCAGUGGUGCUGGAGGUGGGGCCCUCCUGGGAUGGGGUCCUGCACUACGACAGCACCCUGUGGGGCUGGGUCCUGCUGAGCUGCCUGGGCUCCGUCCUCUACAACCUGGCCACAUCCCGUGUCCUGGCCCUCACCUCCGCGCUCACUGUGCACAUGCUGGGCAGUGUCACCGUGGUGGGGAACCUGCUGCUGUCACGCCUCGUGUUUGGCACCCGCCUGAGCGGGCUCAGCUACGCAGGCACUGCGCUGGCACUGGCUGGGCUGCUCCUGCUCCACCAGCCCCGGCUCCUCAUAAGGCGCUGGGCCCCACGCACCGCACCUGGACACCACGGCCAUGAGUAG